GGGGAAAAGGUCAAGAGCGGAUCGCGACGGCAACGUUGGACGAUGAGCAGCGAGGAGGGCAACCCCAUUGGUGACGGAGGCGGCGAAGGAGAAGGCGCCUCUUCGGGAGCGUCGCCGCCGCGGACGGGGGAGAAGCAGAAGGAGAAGGCGAGGGUCAGUCGGACGUCGCUGAUCCUGUGGCACGCCCACCAGAACGAUGCCGCCGCCGUGCGGAAGCUCCUCGAGGAAGAUCGUGGGCUCGUCAACGCCCGCGACUACGAUAGCCGUACCCCGCUCCAUGUCGCGGCGCUCCACGGCUGGAUCAACGUCACCGGGUGCCUCCUCGAGUAUGGCGCCGACGUCAAUGCCCAGGACCGAUGGAACAACACGCCAUUGGCUGAUGCAGAAGGUGCUAAGCAGCAUGGCAUGAUCGAACUGCUAAAAGCACAUGGUGGCAUGUCCUUUGGACAUGAUGGAAGCCAUUUUGAACAAAAGCCAGUUCCACCGCCUCUUCCUAACAAGUGUGACUGGGAAAUUGAACCAUCUGAAUUGGAUUUUUCAACUGCCACAAUAAUCGGAAAGGGUUCAUUUGGUGAGAUUAUAAAAGCUUAUUGGCGUGGAACACCUGUUGCCGUCAAACGUAUUCUUCCAUCAUUAUCAGAUGAUAGAUUGGUGAUCCAAGAUUUCCGCCAUGAGGUCAAUGUGCUAGUGAAGUUGCGGCAUCCCAAUAUUGUCCAAUUCCUUGGGGCUGUAACAGAUCAAAAACCCUUGAUGCUAAUCACAGAAUAUCUCAGAGGGGGUGAUCUUCAUCAGUAUUUGAAGGAAAAGGGCUCACUUACUCCAUUAGCAGCUAUCAAUUUUGCCCUGGAUAUUGCCAGAGGCAUGGCGUAUCUCCACAAUGAGCCAAAUGUUAUAAUACACAGAGAUCUAAAACCAAGAAAUGUCCUUUUGGUGAAUUCAAGUGCGGAUCAUUUAAAGGUUGGAGACUUUGGACUAAGUAAGCUCAUCAGAGUCAAGAACUCAAAUGAUGUGUACAGAAUGACUGGAGAAACUGGCAGCUAUCGUUAUAUGGCUCCUGAAGUAUUCAAGCAUAGAAAAUAUGAUAAGAAAGUUGAUGUUUUCUCUUUUGCAAUGAUUCUGUACGAGAUGCUUGAAGGCAAUCCUCCGUUUCCGAACCAUGAACCAUAUGAAGCUGCCAAGCUUGUUGCAGAUGGAAAGCGGCCGUUGUACCAUUCAAAAGGAUAUGUUCAGGAACUAAGGGACUUGACAGAUCAUUGUUGGGCUGCCGAUAUGAACAGGAGGCCCUCCUUUAUUGAUAUUCUCAAGAGGCUCGAAAAGAUCAAAGAGAACCUAUCAUCAGAUCACCACUGGAGCAUUUUCACCCAGUAAAAACUAGAUUUGCUUUAAGCUUCACAUUAUCAUCAAUUAGAUUUGUGUUUUCCAGGUAAGAUCAAAGUGAAACUGCUUCUUUGGGACAUUGGCUCAUCAUGGAACAAGUACACACACAAGUUCUGCAAAGGAUUUGUUCACAGCAUGCCCUUGCCAUGAGGUGUGACCCCCCCCCCCCUUUUUUUUUUUUUUUUCAAUAAUCUUUCUCUUUGCCUCCUUAUUUUGGAUGAAUAAGUGAUAUUCUAAAUUGCUAUCAAGCCUGUGGUAGUCAUCUGCUACAUAUGUUGCUUUGGAAGAAUUUGCCUCUUUAACUUUGCUACUCUUAUUGAUAUUGUAUUGAAAAUUUAUCAUGUAAAUGAUCCCACAAACUUGGGUGAAGUUUAUGGAUGUUUGGUAAACCGGCAUAGCUAGACAUAUGCCCUCUACUGUUUGUAACUAUGUAAAUAUGUACAUGUUUCUACUUCUUGAGACCACGUCUCAAGAUGUAAUAUUUCUGGUUUAGUCCUA